AUGUCUUACGGAAAUAAUAGAAAUCAGCAACAGCAAUACUACCAACAGCAACAACAACAGCAGCAGGAUAGUAAUGUGUAUGUUACUACAUCCGGUGGUGGAAGAAACGCUCCAAAACAGAUUCAUGUAGCACAUAGACGUUCACAAAGUGAACUUACUAACUUGAUGAUUGAACAAUUUACGUUGCAAAAACAAUUGGAAAUGGUUCAACAACAACAGCAACAAUUGUUAGCACAACAACAACAUCUUGCAAAACAACAACAAGCACAACAACAGGUUGGUGGUUCAGGUCAUUAUUAUUCCAAUUCUAAUUCAAAUACGAAUCAUGGGUUUAUGCCUCCUCCAAGUUAUCCAUCCUAUCAACAACAACAACCUCAGCAACAACAAGGUAAUAGAAGUAGAACUCAUUCAAGAAAUAACUCGGGUUAUUAUCAAAAUACCUAUGAUGUCCUAGCUAAUAAUGAUUCUACCAGUGGUGUCGGUAAUACUAAUACUAAUACUAGUACUAAUAACAAUACGCAUAGAAGAACAGGUUCAUCUUCAUCGGGUGUCUAUGGUCACUCUAGAAGACAUUCCUUAGGAUUGAAUGAGGCUAAAAAAGCUGCUGCAGAAGAACAAGCAAAGAGAGUCGGAGUUAAUGUAGAUAUUAGAAUAGAAGACACGGGUAAGACAAGUAAUGAUGGUUCUUCAUUAUCAUCUCCUUCCUCUUCUGAACAAUCUGCCUUUAAAUUCCCACCAUCUCAACAAAACGCUACAGCUACAGCUGCCACUACAACUGCUAGUAACUUAGCACCUCCAAAUGCCUUUAAAUUUCCUCAAUCAUCAUCAUCAACAACAACAACCGCUACAACUUCAACCGGUAACGAUGACGAUUUCACUCCAAGUACUCAUCGCCGUUCACGUACUAGAAACAGUGAUUAUUCUCCAGGUAUUAAUUCCAAUUGGAGAAAUCAGUCUCAGGGUCCUCCACAACAUCAACAUCAACAAUCCGGUAGUUUCGGACAUUUUAACCAACAACAACAACAAUCUCAACAACAAUCACAACAACAACAAUCACCAUAUCGUCAUAAUAAAUCCUCAUCAAGAGAUUACAAUUCCUUUGGUGCAUUGGAAUCUCCACCAUUUUUCCAAGGGCAUAAACAUCGUUCAUCCAAUUCUUCUGCAUUCAAUAGUUUUUCUUCAAAUAAUGGUAAUCAAAACGGUCGUAAAUCCUUAUUUGCACCUUAUUUACCUCAAGCUAACAUUCCACAAUUGAUUGAAGAAGGGAAAUUAGUAGCAGGUAUCAUAAGAGUUAAUAAGAAAAAUAGAUCUGAUGCUUGGGUAUCUACUGAUGGUUCGUUAGAUGCAGACAUUUAUAUUUGUGGUUCUAAAGAUCGUAAUAGAGCACUUGAAGGUGAUUUAGUAGCUGUUGAACUUUUAGUUGUAGAUGAAGUUUGGGGCUCUAAGAAAGAGAAAGAAGAAAAGAAGAGAAGAAAAGAUGCAUCUAUUCAACAAGAUAUUAUUCCAUUAAGUGGAAAUGACGAUUAUCAUAAUGAUGCUUCUGCUAAUGCAGCUAAUGCCACUGAACUUUCAUCCAAUAUUAAUGAUAAUAAUGUCUCAUCUCCUUCCACGUCUCAUGGUAGUAAUACCACAACUAAUAGUAAUAAUAUCAAUAAUGAUGAUCAUAUUAUUUCUACAAGUGGAAUGAAUUCUUUAUCAAGGGGAUCUGGUGAUUCCGACGGUCAUGCAACUUCUAUAAAGAGAAGAGGAUCUUUGAAACAACGUCCUACCCAAAAGAAAAAUGAUGAUGUAGAAGUUGAAGGCCAAUCUUUAUUAUUGGUUGAAGAAGAAGAAAUCAACGAUAGAUUUAAACCAUUGUAUGCAGGUCAUGUCGUUGCAGUUCUUGAUAGAAUUCCAGGCCAGUUGUUUAGUGGUACAUUGGGUCUAUUAAGACCCUCUCAACAAGCUCAAAAGCGUAACAAUAAAAACAAUAACAACAAUGAUGAUGAAAAGGAUAAAGAAAAAGAGACAGAAAAUAGACCGGUUCAAGCACCAAAGAUCGCUUGGUUUAAGCCAACAGAUAAGAAGGUCCCAUUGAUAGCCAUUCCAACGGAAUUGGCUCCAAAGGAUUUUGUCGAAAAUGCAAGUGCUUACGCCGAUAAACAAUUUGUUGCAUCCAUCAAACGUUGGCCAAUAACUUCUUUGCAUCCAUUUGGUAUCCUUGUAUCUGAACUUGGUGAAAUUAAUGAUCCGAACACUGAUAUUGAUGCCAUUCUAAGAGAUAACAACUUUUUAUCAAACGAAUAUCUUGACUCAAAGGAUCCAACCAAGGAAAGAAAUAUAUUCCAAGCCAACCUCGUGGCUCCUGAAAAUUUGGCUAAACGUGUUAGAUUUGAUGCAGCUAAUGAUUACAAUGUCAUUGCUACCACAUUUAACAAUAAAUAUGCGGAAUUUGCUGUUCAUGUUAAACAUGAUAGAACUCAUAAUAUAAUUGAACUAGGGUGUCAUAUUACAGAUAUCACUGAACAAAUAGAAGCUAACUCAUCUCUUGAUAAACGUGCUAGAAAGAGAUCAACUAGUGUCUUUAUGCCUCAAAAAACUGUGAAUUUAUUACCUGUUGCUGUCAAUGAAUCUUUAACGUUAGCCCCAAAUAAAGAAAACGCAACAAUCUCAGUUGUAUAUGCUUUGGAUGCAGAAACACUAGCCGUGAAAUCAACUUGGUUUGGUGAAUCGAUUGUGGUUCCUUCCGAGAGUAAGACUAUCGAACAAGUUGAAGAUGAAGUUGAUUCUUCUCCCGAAAUCAAUCUAUUACGUAAUAUUGCCACCCAUUUCUAUCGUAUAAGAAUCAAUUCAACAACUGCUUCUUUACAACCAUCUUUGUCAUUAUUUGAAUAUCUAGAUGAUGAAAAAGUUAAUGUUGAUUUAAAUAUAUUACAAAGAAGUCUAGGUUUCUUAAUUAUUAAUGAAAUCCAACGUAAAGUAAACAGUUCCGUUGCAGAGAAACUUUAUUCUAAACUGGGCGAUAAUGCCUUUUUAAGAAGACAAACCCAACCUAUUGCAACAAAACUAUUAUCAUUUAAGAAUAAAGUUAAUAAAUUUGGCCAUAACAUUGAUGUCACUUCAUCUGACACUGUGAUCAAUUCUAUCUUGGAUAUUAAGGAUCCUAACGUUAGACAGGGUGUUGAAGUAUUACUUUUUAAGACAUUUUCUAGAGCCAAAUAUUUUGUUGCAGGUAAAGUUGAUCCAGACCAAUUUGGUCACUACGCUUUAAAUGUACCAAUUUACACUCAUUUCACCAAUCCUUUAAGGAGAUACGCUGAUCAUAUGGUCCACAGACAAUUAAAGGCAAUCAUCAACAAUAUUCCAUACGAAGAAGAUAUUGAAGCAUUGAAGAUUACUGCUGAAUAUUGUAACUUCAAGAAAGAUUGUGCAUUCCAUGCCCAGGAACAAUCUGUUCAUUUGUUAUUAUGUAAGACUAUCAAUGAUAUGGGUAACUCAACUGGUCAAUUACUAACUAUGGCAACCGUUUUACAAGUCUAUGAAUCCUCAUUUGAUGUAUUGAUUCCAGAGUUUGGUAUUGAAAAGAGAGUACAUGGUGAUCAACUUCCAUUGUUUAAAGCCGAAUUCGAUGGUGCUAAUAAAAUUUUAGAAUUAAAUUGGCAACCAGGUAUUGACAGUGCCACUUUCGUUCCAGCUGAUGAAAAGAAUCCUAAAUCAUAUAGAAAUUCUAUUAGAAAUAAGUAUAAAUCUACAACAGCUGAAAUUGCAAACAUAGAAUACGAACAAAGUAAAAAUGGCAACAAUAUGAUUAGCGAUGAUCUAAGCAGUGAAUUAGCUAGGUUACAUCUAGAGGUACCUCAAUUGAAACUAGCCAAACAUGACCAAACCAAGAAGGAUGCAUUAGACUACUUUAUUGAUACCACUACAAGAAGAAAAGAAAAGGAAAAUUGUAUUCAAGAGAUACACGAGUUACAACAAGUUCCUGUACUAUUGAGAGCCGAAGUAGGUAUGGCAUUACCUUGUCUAUCGGUUCGUGCAUUAAACCCUUUCCUGAAAAGAGGUGAGUAA